GCGCAGGGUUGUGUACCAUGGCGCAUUCACAUUCAUUGUUUCCGUGCUGCUCUCAGUCUCCUUUAUGUGAGGCAGCCCCCAGCACCACAUGUGGCUAGAGCAGUGCCAGCUUCCUGAAUUAAAGAUGGAUUCCGAGCCCACAACUGCAUUUUUGUCGAGUUUAACAGGAGGAAUGCAAGCAAUGGCUACAGCAAAGAGAAAUCCAGUAACUGAGCUAAAGGAAGAACUGACGUGCCCUAUUUGCCUGGAUCACUUUAGUGAACCUGUUUCUAUUGAAUGUGGGCACAGUUUUUGCCGAGCCUGCAUUACCCGUACCUGGAGAGGAAUUCACAGCAACUUUGAAUGUCCCCAGUGCAGAAACAUAUCCAGAUGGAAAUUUUUACGGCCUAAUCGUCUUGUGGAGAAUAUGGUGGAAAUAACUGGACGACUUGCUGCUACCAAAAUGUCUCCAGUUAGUAAGAAGCAAUGUGAAAAGCACCAGGAACCAAUGAAACUCUUUUGUCAAGUGGAUGCAAAGGAAAUUUGUUUGGUGUGCCGAGAGUCAGUGGAACAUAGGACCCAUACUGUGAUACCAGUGGAGGAGUCAACUAGAGAGUUUAAGGUUCAGCUCAGAGAUCGCCUUCACACAUUAAGAAGAGAAUGUGCAGCUAUCUUGGAAACAAAGUCUGAAGACAAGCAAAAAGUUGAAAAACUUAAGAAUGAAAUUGAGCAAAAACGUAGAAUGCUCACCUCUGAAUUUGAAAUCCUGCGUCAGAUUUUAGAAGAUCAUGAAAGAGAAUUCAAAGAGCGUUUGGAGAACAUGGAGAGACUGAUCAUUAAAAGAACAAAUGAAAGGACCAGUAAGCUGAAUGAAAAACUGUCAUCUCUGCACGCACUCAUCUUAGAUAUCGAGCAAAAUAUUCUCCCCUCGGCUCAAACAUAUCAGGAACCGAAAUCUGCGGUGGGCAGGAAUUCUGAAAAUCUGCAGCUGUGUGAUCCUAGGAAGAAGCCUUCACGUGAUGGGACAACACCUGCACCUUUUUUUUACCUCAAGAGAUUUAAUGUUCCUGUAACCUUGGACCAUAAAACUGCCAAUCCUAAUCUCAUUAUUUCUGGCAAUCGAAAAAUCAUCAGAUACGAGGAGGAUCCAAAGAAUCUGGUCAAUUAUCCUGAAAGAUUUGAUAUGAAACCUUGUGUCUUAGGAACCACAGGAUACCGAUCAGGGAAACGGUACUGGGAAGUAGAAGUGGGUGGUGGAAUAUAUUGGAGUGUUGGGGUUGCCAUACAAUCUGUUCGCAGAAAAGGAGCCUUUAGGAUUGAGCCUUAUGUUGGUGUCUGGGCCAUUGGCUUACUCGGUAUGUAUACUGAUAGAUACUAUGCUUUCACCAGUCCUGACAUACUCUUGCACCCCAGGGACCGCCCUGUCGUCAUCGGUGUAUUUCUCAACUGCGAAGAGCAACAGGUUUCCUUUUUCAAUGCCGAAAGCUUUGAGCAUCUUUACACUUUCCGUGAUGUGCGUUCCCCUGAUAAAAUCUUCCCCUUCUUUUGUGUUGGGGCAAUGGGAACAGAACUGCGACUUGAAGCCUGAGUGUUUCUGUAAUUUUGAGUAAGAGUAUGCCAAAACAUUUAGUCAGAAAUGCAUCAUAUAUCCUUUUUUUAAUAUAAAAUGUGCCAAUUUUUAAAUUGGCACCAGGUAAUCCUUGUAUUUCUUUCUUUUUUUAUUGUCCUGCAAAAUCACUUCAUAUAUUUACUGCUAUAUAGACUGGAGCUUGUAAUCAGUUAUUGUAAGAAAAUUGGGCAAUACUUUUUAUUCAUGUCUGUUUUCAUAUACAAAUAGAGAAUGGCCAUGGUGUAAAUAUACAAAGCCAAAUGGUUAGGUGAUAAAUGCCCAGCAGCAGGUUUCGUGCUGGACCAGUCUUACCCCGUUUGCCUACAAAGGCACAAUUAUUGCUAAGGAUUCACUACCCCUUAUAGUGCCAGGCCUUGUGCCUAUCCCGGAGUAAAUGGGCCCUACUGUAUCACACUGUACUGCACUUGUACCUAGUGAGUUUUUUUUUAAAGUGGGUUGUUCAACAGCCAUAGAAUUAAAUUCAAGUUUGAGUAUUCAGAUGUUUUUAUUAGUGUUUACACAACUUUGUGCAAUAUAAUUUUUUUUUCAUAAAAUGGAAAGAAUAGAAGUCUAUUUUUUUAGGAAGGCUUGAGAUUUUUAAAUAAUUUAAAGAGCUGAAAGAAUACUUACUGCCAUUUUAAUCAUCUUUACCUAAACAUUAAUUUUUCAUUAUCAUGGAAAAAAGGCAUUUAUGGAGGAAAUGUUGGGAUACGACCAUACUUGGCAAGUGUUCGUUUAAUUAACAUGAUCUUGUACUUUGUAUUUAAUAUAAACAAAUUCUGCCGUAUAAGUUAACGUGGCGUAUCUGUGUUUCUUUCAUUCCUGGAGAUUAGACAUAGAUAUAAAAACAUGUAUUCAUUUGAAUUGAUGCACUGUUUAAUUCUGUGAUGUAAAUUUAAAAAUAUAUUCAUUAUGGUGAGUUUAA